AUGAGGGCGCAUAUCACGAAAAGCAACUUCGCAAAGAGGCGUCAGCGGGCUAAGGAUGUGGGCCCGCCAAAGAGAGAGAUAGAUAGCAUGAUGACCGUGCAAGAGGGCUUUAUACAGCCGUCAAAGUGCAGUGAACAGUCCAUAGCCUUGGACAGCGACCAAACUAUCACCUUCCCACCCACACUAACUUGCCCUGAACCAGCUCGCAACCCCAAAGCCUUCCAUAAGCUACAGAAACUUGUCUUUCUGGAAGGGAUUCGCUCUCCAGCCAGCCCAAAGGAAACAGCUUGGUUCAAUCUGAUCGCGUCAGACCCGGCUUUGAUUGAAUCGACAAUGGCUAUAGCUGUGCGACUCUGGUCGCCUGAUGAUUCCUGGCAAAUUGAAUCUUAUCGACAUUCACAUACAGCUAUCAAUCUCAUUAAGCGGCGACUAGAAUCUGCGGCGACCUCGACCGACGGCGUUCUCGGAGCAGUUGCCACAAUGGCGUUCGGGGCUUCCUUGGAAAACGAUGAUAUUUCUUGGAAUAUUCAUAUAGAUGGUCUGGCCCAAAUAUUGAAAGAAAGACAAUCGCGAAGCACGGAUCCACCGCCACCGUGGCUUUCGGAUCUUGUUGUCCUGGAUUCGGUCAACGCCAUCUUCAAUUUUCCGCGGCUGUAUCAUGAGCGUAUUCUUGAAAUUUUGAGAGAUUGCAAUGAUCAAAGAAUCUCACAAAUAAGAGCAAUCUGCGACAGUGUCACCCAAUUACAAGAAACGAUUGGUUCAAAGCACAGCCAGGAAUUCGAUUCGUAUUCUAUUGCGCGAGAAAUCGAGGAGCCGCUAGCCAAUCUGCACUAUGAAGUACGAGCGCUUCGAGCUCUGGAUGACCCAUACGUUCAGGCUACUGCGCGUUCGAUUGAACUGGUGCUCUACUUAAUAUGGCCUUCUCAAUCAGGAGCUCAUUUAACACUUCUUGCCGGUGAACUAAAAGACACAAUAUGUCGAUUUCCAAUCCAAGGAUGCUCAUAUAUGAAUCUAACUUCUUUCCAACUCAUGAUUGGCGCUAUCGCUGCAAACGAGAACUCGCCAACAAGGGGAUGGUUCGUUGAUAGAAUGGCUAGAGAGGUCCGAGCGAUGCAAUUACGUGGCUGGAAUGAACCUCUCAGCAUGCUUACGGAUAGGAAAAUACCGAUCAGGGCCCUCUCAGGACGAUUGCAAGCUCUCUGGGAAGAAUUGCAUCAACGAGCCGCCGAGCUCAGGGAGCCAAUAGCCGGGUGA